GUUAACUACGAGCACCGCCCCUUUAUCUACUGCAAAACUAAAAGAGAAAUGGAGGCCGUCAGGAAAGCCGCUAGCGAGGCGGUGGACACCAUCAGGAACAGUCCUCUCUUUAGGAGAAAGUUUGGUAACCGUCCAAGCUCCCCAGGCCAGCCAGAAACACCACAACCGCUGCACCCGGAGACAGACACAACUCCCUUUGUACAGGGAGUCUACUUCCAAGUUGACUACCUUGGCAAGCAGUCAGUGUCGAGUCAAGAGGCCCAGGAUCAUGGCUGUACUGACAAUGCUGUACAGAUGCUCUGGGAGAAUGCUCGAGACUCGCCCCUCGCUAAGCACGUUUCUAUAAAGGUGACGACCACUAGUCUGCGUAUCAAGGAGAUGGCUGGCUCCACAAUGGGGAUCAAGGAGAUGGCUGGCUCCCCAGUGGGGGUCAAGGAGAGGGCUAGCUCCCCAGCAGGGGUAUUGUACGAGUUUCCCCUCUUCCGGGUCUCCUAUUGUGGUACUGACAAAAUGCACACUGAGGCUUUCUCAGUUGUUGCCAAGGACAACGAUGGCAUGUUCUAUUGCUACGUGUUCCGCUGUGCUAACAAAGGGAAGGCCUACACACUCGCUCUCACCAUCUCCAAAGCAUUUUAUCUCGCCUAUCAGAUUGUGCAGGCUCAGGAGGGUCUAUUCCCGCCCACUCCUGAGAGAGAGCUACUCUUUGAACCUCAGACUGACCAGGACACUACAGAGCACCCAGCUAGACCAGCCCUACCCCCUCAGAGCAGUGAUGAUGUUGACUCCACUCCCUCCGGCCCUGUUCUUCGUUUGACACGCCCCUCUCAGACAAGUGCUGACUCAGACACUCUGGCGGCAGCCAGCUGUGACCUAGACUUUGCCAGACUCGCCAAAGCAAGGUCUAAUCCGGACAUCCUCCGCUCAACCCUCGAGGACCCAGCGGCCAUCAAGGGACAGGGCGGAGCUUGGAGUGAGUUCCUGAGACUCCACGCUGACCCAGGCUCACAGGUACCAUCCCCGUUUGGUUCCUCGGAGCAACUGUCACAUGACCAGUCAGCUGACCAGUCACAUGACAAGUCAGCUGACAUUGAUGACACUUUCCAUAGUGACUAACUUACUUCACUAUAUAUAAUUUAUAGUUUUUAUUUUUAUAUAAUUAUUAUAGUUUGUUUUUAUGUGCGUACGUACGAGUUUGAUUUUGAUCGCAAAAAUGUUUAUUAUUAUAUAAUUAUAGAACAAUAAUACUCGGCAGAUUGACAGACAAUAA